UCGAGGGCAUCCAGGAAGUGAAUCUAAGAAAGUGGAAAACGUUUGGACAACGUGAGUUGUGUGUGAGUUUUCUACACAUUUUUUUCAGUCUAGAAAGUCAGCGCCAGUCGUAAAAUAUUGACAGGCAUUAUCACAACAAGCUAAAGCUACUAGAAAGGGCUCUGAACAUGGCUCUGAACAAGUCCAUGCAUCCUCGGAACCGGUACAAAGACAGACCACCUGACUUUGCUUACCUGGCCUCCAAGUAUCCAGACUUCCAGCACCACGUCCACACCAGCCUGACAGGACGACCUGUUGUGAAUUUCAAAGAGCCAGAGGCAGUACGAGCGCUGACCUGCACCCUGCUGAAGGAGGACUUUGGUUUGACCAUCGAGAUCCCUCUGGAGCGCCUCAUACCCACCGUCCCCCUGCGCCUCAACUACAUCCACUGGGUGGAGGACCUCAUCGACGGCCAGAAACAGCCACGCAGGGGAAUCGACAUCGGCACUGGGGCGUCCUGUAUCUACCCCUUGCUGGGUGCCACGAUGAAUGGCUGGUAUUUCCUCGCCACAGAGGUGGAUGACAUCUGUUUUGACUACGCUACGAAAAACGUGGAGCAGAACAACCUGUCUGACCUCAUUAAAGUUGUCAAAGUUCCUCAGAAGACUUUACUGAUGGAUGCCUUGAAAGAAGAGACAGAGAUCAUAUACGACUUUUGCAUGUGCAACCCUCCUUUUUUUGCAAACCAGCUAGAAGCAAAGGGGGUAAACUCCAGGAACUCACGCCGACCUCCUCCCAGUUCAGUGAACACAGGCGGGGUGACGGAGAUCAUGGCGGAGGGCGGAGAACUGGAGUUUGUCAAGAGGAUCAUUCAUGACAGUCUGCAGCUCAAGAAACGCCUGCGGUGGUACAGCUGCAUGUUGGGGAAGAAAUGCAGCCUGGCACCUUUGAAAGAGGAGCUGAGGAAGCAAGGGGUUCCAAAAGUGACGCACACAGAGUUCUGCCAGGGACGGACAAUGCGGUGGGCACUGGCCUGGAGUUUCUAUGAUGAUGUGAUUGUUCCGUCUCCACCCAGUAAGAAGCGUAAACUGGAGAAGUCACGGAAACCCCUGUCGUUCACACUUCCAGAGGCAGGGCUGAAGGAGCUCCAGGUCAAAGCCUUGGCGAUCGGCUGUACUGCCUGCAGCCCUGUGGACAGCAUAGCCGCUCUGCUGGAGAGGACACUCACUGACCUGAGGGUGCUGCACAAACGUGUCCCCUGCAGAAAGCAGGAGCAGAGUCUCUUUCUGACAGCUGUGGAGAACACAUGGAUCCACGGUCGACAGAAACGACGUGAACAGAAGCGUCAGUUGCGAGAGCUUCCCAGAGCACCUCACUGUGCUGGAACCAGCUCUCAAACCGCUGUGGCCUCAGCUGCUCCUGCCGCGACCCCACCCUCCCAAAACCAGCCCGCCUCCACACAAAACAGCAACACCCCGGGGGAUUGCGCUCAAAACAAAACCACAUCUGCACAGGAGCUAGCUGAACAGCAGCCUGAAGAGGAGACGGGCAAUGGCUUCUCUUCAAAUGACCCAAGUAAAGAUGUAACACAGAACACAACUGGAGAACCAAAAGAGGUCUCAGAAGAUGUAACUGGUGAAGAUGUGGACAUGGAGUCUUCAGGCCCAAAGAAAACACCUGCCGCAGCAAGUGAACCGCCCUCAAAGCGACCCCUGAGUCCCGGUGUGGUGGACCACUUCCUAUUUAAGUGUCUGCUGAAUGUAAUGCUGGAGGAGAGUGAUGUGGUGAUUGAGAUGCACUGGGUCGAGGGUCAGAACAAAGACCUGAUGAAUCAACUGUGCACUUACCUGAAGAAUACACUUUUAAAGUCUAUUGCAAAGUCCUAAGUGAUCAGAAAGAAUAAAGGAUAUUCAGGGGUGAAACGACAGCAAGUAAAUUUUAGCAAACGUUAUUUUUAGAGAUUAGUGCUGAGAGCCUGUCUGUUGGGAAGUUUCUUUUUGGACAGUUAAAAUGAUUUUUCUGUUUAUAACUGUACGCAGCUUUUGAGAAGUUUGGAAAAUGCUGAUUCCAGUUUGACUACUGUAAGUUUUUUACCAGUAGAAAAUUACAAUUACGUGUUGCCAUUAAUUCAUUUAGGAUUUCCUUCUACUUGUUAGUUUAGCUUUUAAGUUAGUACAUAGGACAAAAUACACUGGUAUUUUGUCCUCAAAGCUGUCAAAACAUUUGUAAUAAAUGUACAUUUUUAUAACA